AUGGGAACUGCCGUGUCCAAGAGGAAGAAUUUAAGAAACGAUGCGAUAUCUUCUGUGGCAGCAAAAGUUAGAGCAGCGCGAGCAUUUGGAGAGAACCUGUCCCACACACACUCUGAAAACCGAAACGGAUCAGCUCAUCUUCUGUGUGAAACCUUGGUGGGUCCUGACCCAGAGUCUCCAAGUGACAGGAUUGGCCCUAACAACAACAACCACCUCCAUCCCUGCACCAACGCAACCAAAGGCUGUGAGGACAAACCAAAGCCCAGCCUGGUGAAACAGCCACUGGGCUUGCUCCAGCCACCUCCGCCCUCCAUCACCAUUUCUACCAAGCCGACGCGGUUGUCCCUCGAGCGCAGCUUCUCAGCGGAGGAAGACCAGCAGAAGUGUGUUGAGUGCACCCUGCAGCCUGCCCGUGUGUACACCAUCACUACCCAGCACGGAUUGCUGAUGAGCAGCGGCCGGGGCAGCAAGGAGAGCCUAGAACUGGACGUCCUGAAGGAGAAGUCGGGGAGUGGCGGGGUGGGAUCCAGAGGUGGUUUGAUCCAGCCCUCCACUUCCCCUUCCUCGACCUCUUCAUCUCCAACACAGUACCACCACGCCAGCAGCAGCCGGGGCACCGGCAGCUGUGGAAGCAGCCACCACCACAGUAACCAUCACCACGGUAACCAUCACCACGGGAAACACGACCACCACGCCAUCGCGGGCACCAACGCGCCCUCCAGCAGCGGAGGAAGUAGCGGGGCAAGUGGAAGCAGCGGUAGCAACCAGCAGCAGCAGUCUCUAAACAUGUCCGGGUCCCACUCCCAUCAUGGAUCACACCACUCCCACCAUCACCAUCACCUGUCUCAGCCCCCGCUGCAGACCUCCGUCAGCGCCCACAACAUCCGCAGCUGGGGCGACGGUGGAAAAGGGGAGGCGGAGUGCAGCGGGCUGGCCUGUGAUUCGUGCAGCGGGGCCCCCUCGCGGAGCCAGGGCUCCCUGGACCUGGAGAGCGCUAGCCGAGAGGCAGGCAAGCAGCACAGACGCCUAGAGCGGAUGUGGAGUGUGGACCGGGUGACUGGGAUGGAGAGAGAGGACACCAACUGGUUCCCCAAGGAAAACAUGUUCUCCUUUCAAACUGCCACAACGACCAUGCAGGCGUGAGUGAACUUCCGGAAGCAUCUCCGUAUGGUGGGCAGCAGAAGGAUUAAAGCACAGACGUUCGCUGAGCGUAGAUCGAAGAGUUUCAGCCGUUCCUGGAGUGACCCCACCCCUGUCAAGACUGACUCUCCUCAUGAACCCAGAGAGAGCGGAGACCUUCAGACCUCCUGUGGCACCCUGGAUGAAGGAGGCCUCGAUGACAAUAUAGACUGGGAAGAGGAGAGGGAGAUGGAGCGGCUCGCCUGUGAGGGAGACGACUUUGUACCUCCCAAAAUCAUGCUGAUCUCCUCUAAAGUCCCCAAGGCGGAGUAUGUUCCUACUAUAAUCCGCAGGGAUGACCCCUCCAUCAUUCCCAUCCUCUACGACCAUGAACAUGCAACCUUUGAUGAUAUUUUGGAGGAAAUAGAGAAGAAGCUCACAGCUUACAGGAGAGGAAGCAAGUUCUGGAGGAUGCUCAUCUUUUGUCAGGGAGGCCCCGGUCAUCUGUAUUUACUGAAGAAUAAAGUGGCAACCUUCGCUAAGGUAGAAAAGGAAGAAGACAUGAGCCAAUUCUGGAGGAGGCUCAGUCGCUUCAUGAGCAAAGUCAACCCAGAACCCAACCUCAUCCACAUAAUGGGAUGUUAUGUCCUGGGCAACCCCAAUGGAGAAAAGCUGUUCCAGAAACUGAAGAAUCUGAUGAGGCCUUAUUCUGUCGAGUUCGAGUCACCGCUGGAACUGUCUGCACAGGGCAAAGAGAUGAUUGAGAUGUACUUCGACUUCCGCCUCUACCGACUUUGGAAGACGCGCCAGCACUCCAAACUGUUGGACUAUGAGGAUUUUUUGUGA